AUGGACAUCGGCGCUGAUAAGUUGCGUCGGGAAAUUCAGAUCAUUCUCAAAGAUGCAGAUUUGAAUACUUUAUCAUCAAAAAAAGUUCGACAAAUGCUUGAAGCUUUGUUCAAAUGUGAUUUUACCGAGCGAAAAAAAGAAAUCGAUGAUAUUCUCAUGGCAGAAAUCACGACACGUGAUGCAAAUCAAACCAACAAUGAUGAACAAGACGAAGAGGAUGAACAAGUGGAAACGUCGGACGACGACAAGCCGGCACCAUCGAAUGCGAAGAAAUCGAAGAAACAGCAACGACGUACAAAUCAUAAUAACAAUACCAUUCAACAGAUAGCUAAAUCCGAUGAAGAAUUAGCUAUGGAAAUUCACCAACAAGAAAAUCGACCUAGUCUAAGACAUUCAAGACCAGUUAAAACAACAAGUUCGGUAUCGAAUAAAAAGUCUUCAUCAGUGAAAGCGGAACGUCGAAAAACGUCAUAUAACAAAGAAUUGGAUCUAAGUGAUCAACUAGCCAGUGUGGUUGGUGGAAAUCAAAUGCCACGCUCGGAAGUUGUAAAACGUAUGUGGGCUUAUUUCAAAGAACAUAAUUUAUUGGAUCCACAUAAUAAACAAUAUGUAAAUUGUGAUGAAACACUUGCUAAAUUAUUUGGUAAAGAUUCUUUUGAUCUCAUUCGAUUGAUUCCGUUUUGUGUCAUAGGUCGAAAACGUAUUCGUGCAUUUGGUAUGUUAAAAGAUUUAACCAAACAUAUGAGUGAUCCGGAUAAACAAUAG